AUGAAUAGAUUUUCAAAUAAAUCAGCAGCGAGGACCCUGGAGGAUUUGACUCUCGACUCGGGUUAUGGUGGAGCCGCCGACUCCUUCAGGUCUUCCAGCGCGUCGCUGUGCUGCUCGGAGGCACAUGGGGGGAACUGCUGGCAACUAACGGACUCCAUGCACAGUCGAAACAACAGCCUGGACACUGUCAACACGGUCCUGGUGGAAGACGCCGAGAUCCUGGAGUGCGCCGGCCAGUGCGCCAAACUACCCGAGCUUGAGGACGUGCCGUGGAGCCUCGGGGAAGUGGCCCGAGUCCUGGAACUCGCCAGCGCGUCGCAGGACGUCCUGCUCCGGAUCUCGGCGCUGGCCGCCCGGGCCCUCGUCCGGGUGGCCCGCGAGGCGCAGCGCUUGAGUUUGCGCUACGCCAAAUGCACCAAAUACGAGAUCCAGAGCGCCGUCAGGAUGGUCCUCUCCUGGGCCGUCUCGGGCAACUGCGUCGGGGCGGCCCUCGGCGCUUUGUCGCUCUACAGCAUGAGCACGGACGACGACAAGUUCGGACGAGGCAAGUCCGUCCGGUGCGGGCUCGUCUUCAACGUGGGGAGAUUCUUCAGGUGGAUGGUCGACGGGAGGAUCGCCGUCAGGAUCCACGAGCAGGCGGCCAUCUAUCUGGCGGCGUGCAUGGAGAGCCUCAUCCGACAGAUUUACGGCAGAGUCAUCCGCACCGCCGGGCUGAUGGAGCGGGAUGAGGCUCUCCCCAAGUUGAGCCCGGAGAGCCUGGAACAGGCCGUCGCGCAGGACGCCGAGCUUUGGGGGUCACUGCAGAUUUGGCAGCAUCUCAUCUGUGGCAAGAACGCCAGUGGUGUGCUGAGCCUUCCCGAGGGUCUGACGGUUCACCAGCGAGCGGGAAAGAACGGCGAGGGCAACGCCUACAGCCAGUCGGAAGUGCGCUCCGUCGAGCAGUGCUUACUGGCCACCCGAGUGGGCAGCAUAUCCGAACUCAGUGAUAUGGUAUCCCGGGCGAUGCAUUACCUUCAACCGCUGUACACCAAGAAUCACAAUAACGGAACCCCUAUCCACCAGAAGAGCACGGUUAUCCACUGGGCCCCCGAGGCCAUUUACACACUGUGUUACUUCAUGCACUGCCCCCAAAUGGAGUGGGAGAACCCCAACAUCGAGCCAUCCAAAGUGACGUUACAGACUGAGAGGCCGUUCAUGGUACUGCCGCCUCUGAUGGAGUGGUUGCGCGUGUCCGUCGUCCACACGGAGCACAGACGAAGCUUCUCGGUGGACAGCGACGAUGUUCGCCAGGCCGCCAGACUGCUGCUACCCGGAGUGGACUGCGAGCCCCGCCAGAUCCGGGCGGACGAUUGCUUUAGCGCAUCGAGGAAGCUUGACGCCGCCUCCACCGAAGCCAAGUUCCUGCAGAAUUUGGGCUUCCAUAUGCUCAGCUGCGGGCGCACCGACCUGGUCAAGCAGGCGGUCAACCUGCUGGGUCCGGAUGGGAUCAACAGCAUGAGCGAGCAGGGAAUGACCCCGCUCAUGUACGCUUGUAUCCGUGGAGACGAAGCCAUGGUGCAGAUGCUGCUGGAUGCCGGCGCUAAUAUUAACAGUGAGGUGCCAAACUCGGUGCACAAGCACCACUCGGUCUUUCCCGAAACGCGGCAGGCCACGCCCCUGACUUUCGCCGUGUCGCACGGACACGUACCUGUGGUGCAGUUGCUUCUGGACGCCAAAGCCAACGUGGAGGGCUCCCUGCAGGACGGCAUGGAGAACUACAUCGAGACGCCGCUGCAGCUGGCGGCGGCCGCGGGUAACUUUGAGCUGGUGAGCCUGCUGCUCGAGCGGGGGGCCGACCCCAUGUUGGGAACCGUCUCACGCAACGGCAUCUCGGUGGCGCCGCAGGGAGACAUGAACUCGUACAGCCUGGCAGCUGCGCACGGGCACAGAAAUGUCUUCCGGAAGCUGUUGUCUCACACGGAGAAAGGGAAAGGAGACGUCUUAUCCCUGGAAGAGAUUCUAGCAGAAGGAUCGGAGCUAGCAGGACAAAGUUCAUCUGAGGCUGAACUGAUACGGACCGGGAAGGCCAAACUCAAAGCCCUGAAAGAAGCCAUGUACCACAGUUCAGAACACGGACACGUAGACAUCACCAUAGAUAUACGUAGCCUCGGAGUGCCGUGGACUUUACACGCUUGGCUGGAAUCUCUGCGUACUUGCUUCUCCCAGCACCGGCGACCGCUGAUCCAGGGUCUCCUCAAAGAAUUUGUCUGCAUCGAGGAAGAGGAGUACACCGAAGAACUCAUCACGCACGGCCUGCCUCUCAUGUUUCAGAUCCUCCGAGCUAGCAAGAAUGAAGUGAUCAGCCAACAGCUGUCGGCCAUUUUCACGCAGUGUUACGGACCUUACCCCAUCCCCAAACUGGCGGAGAUAAAACGCAAGCAGACGUCGCGCCUCGAUCCUCACUUCCUGAACAAUAAAGAGAUGUCGGAUGUGACCUUUUUGGUGGAAGGGAAGCCAUUUUACGCCCACAAGGUCUUGCUCUUCACAGCCUCAAAUAGGUUCAAAACUCUCCUGGCAAAUCGACCUUGUGGCGAAAACACCUGCAUUGAAAUAAGCCAUGUGAAAUACCACAUUUUCCAGCUUGUAAUGCAGUACCUUUACUGCGGAGGAGCCGAUGCGCUACACAUUCGGAACCCUGAUGUGAUGGAGCUUUUGUCGGCGUCCAAGUUCUUCCAGUUGGAGGCGCUGCAAAGGCAUUGCGAGAUCAUCUGCACCAAGAACAUCAACACGGAUACUUGCGUGGAGAUCUACAACCACACUAAGUUUUUGGACGCUCCCGACUUGGCCUCCUACAUCGAAGGCUACUUCCUGAAGAACAUGCUAAUGCUGAUCGAGCUGGAGCCGUUCAAGCAGCUGCUGUACGACGUCCCUCCGGACAGCCCCAGCUAUGACGUCCUCCAAAAUUUGGAAAGAACUCUGUCCGUCCGCAUCCAGUCCAUCCACUUGUCGUCGUCCAAGGGAUCGGUGGUUUGA